UCCAAACCUGACCAAAAAAAAAUACACAAAUCCAAAUAUUCAAGAAAAAAAUAGGGAAAAAACAAGCACACAAGCCAAAUAGCCAACCAAUUUCCCUCGAAAUCAUCAUCACUCCCACCUAAAUCGCAUUCAAUUCCUUCCCCCGAAUUCUUAGCAAAAUCUCUCUCUCUCUCUCUCUCUCUCUCUCUCUCUCUCUCAAGUGCCCUCAGCAAACUGAGACAAAAUGGCCGAAGAUAAAGAGUCAUCGUCGGUUCCUCUGAGUCAGGCUGAGAAUGGUAUUCUGGAUCCCGAAGAUCCAGCCAAGUCUCCUCCAAGCUCCCCCAAUUCCUCUACUCGUAAGGCUUGCUGCUUUGUUCUCCAAAGUUGGGUCUCAAAGAAGUUUAUGACUGGAUGUGUAGUUCUUUUUCCUGUUGCUGUUACGUUCUUUGUUACAUGGUGGUUUAUUCAGUUUGUUGAUGGUUUCUUCAGUCCACUCUAUGCUCAGCUUGGCAUCGACAUCUUCGGACUUGGAUUUGUCACAUCCUUACUUUUUGUAUUCUUUGUUGGCGUUUUUGUUUCAUCGUGGAUGGGUGCCACUGUUUUCUCGCUUGGAGAAUGGAUCAUAAAGAAAAUGCCUUUUGUUAAGCAUAUCUACUCUGCCUCCAAACAAAUUAGUGCUGCAAUUUCUCCAGACCAAAAUACCACAGCUUUUAAAGAGGUGGCAAUUAUCCGUCACCCACGUGUUGGCGAAUAUGCAUUUGGGUUUAUUACAUCAACUGUCACCCUUCAGAGAGAUAAUGAAGAUGAGGAGUUGUGUAGUGUUUUUGUCCCAACAAAUCAUCUAUACAUAGGCGAUAUAUUUCUUGUUAACUCCAAAGAGAUCAUAAGACCAAAUCUGUCUAUUCGAGAAGGCAUAGGUAAGAUUCUCCUUUUGGCCUGACAUAGGUAGGGGUGGCAAUCCAUGUUUGUUGGUCGUGUUCUUGUUGUGUCAUUUAGUGUUUGUGCCAAAUAUUCAACUCUAACCUGUCAUGUUCGAGUUGACCCACUUGUGUUCUAAUCCCAAAAA